AUGAAGGACUCCAACAGGCAGAGUAGGCAGUUGGAGGAGUUGACAGGACAGAUGCGCGAGUGCAAGAGGUAUGCUAGCAAUCUUGAAAACAAGCGAGUUGAUCUCUUUGAGGGGCCUGGGGAAGGGCUUGGUGAAGACAAUGUCUUGCUAGCUUCAUCUAUGGCGAAUCAACAGCUAAUUGACCAUGGAAAUCACAUGAUGGACGAGACUGAUCAAGCCAUUGAGAGAUCCAAAAAGGUUGUCCACGACACAGUAAAUGUUGGAACAGAGACUGCGGCAGCUCUCAAGGCACAGACUGAACAAAUGAGCAGGAUUGUUAAUGAGCUAGAUUCUAUUCAUUUCUCAAUCAAGAAGGCUUCUCAGCUGGUCAAGGAAAUUGGUAGGCAGGUUGCAACUGAUCGUUGUAUUAUGGCCUUACUCUUCCUUAUUGUGCUUGGGGUCAUAGCCAUCAUUAUUGUAAAGAUUGUGUGUUAG